AUGCAUUUCUGGGAGUCUGUGCUUUGUGCUCUUCUAGCAUCCCUCUUUUCUGCCAUACUGGGAGGGCUUUACUUGGCAGGAGCCUUCCGCAAGAGGAGACAUAAAGAACCUCCAUUGGACAAAGGCCUCAUUCCAUGGCUAGGACACGGCUUAAAUUUCAAGAAGAACACCGUAGAGUUUUUGGAAAAGAUGCAGAAGAAACAUGGGGAUAUUUUCACAGUGCUGGUUGGCGGCAAUUAUUUAAAUUUUGUGAUGAACCCUCACACUUACGGGACUAUAAUAAAGAAAUCAAAGGACAGGCUGGAUUUUAAUACCUUUGGUUCCACAAUCGUGUUCAAUGUAUUUGGUUUCCACCCACGAAAAUCUUACCAUAAGGUUAAGGAAACAAUUAACAAGAAAUAUCUCAGAGGUAAGAAUUUAGCUGAUUUGAACCAGGUGAUGAUGGAGAACUUGAAGACUGUGAUAUUUUGUGGUCUGGGCUCAGGCGACAGGGAGAGGCCAUGGCAGCAGGACGGUGUCCUCCACUUCAGCUACAAAGCCAUGUUCCAAGCUUCUUUCAUGACUUUGUUUGGAACCGAUCCCCCCCAAAGUGGAGUUAGCAAAGAAACUUCUAAGGAUCAUACAACAACCCAGUGUGGAGAGUGGUUUGAAGAUUUUCAGAAAUUUGAUAAGUACCUCCCUCAAAUGGUCUCUGGCAUAAUGGAUCCCCUGAGCAAGAAGGAGAUGGAGAGAUUGAGAAACUUCUUCUGGGAUGUGCUGUCUGUAAAAAAGCUAUCACAAAAAGAUAAUAUCAGCAACUGGAUAGCGAAGGUUGACCAGCAGAUGAGUAAAGCUGGGAUGGCAGAAAAGAUGCGGAACCAAUUCAUGUUUACACUGUUUUGGGCAUCACAAGCUAACAUCGGACCAGCUACCUUCUGGCUUUUUGUGCAUCUCCUGAAACAUCCAGAAGUGAUGAAGGCAGUGAAGGAAGAAGUAGACCGAAUCCUGAAGGAAACUGAUCAGGAGGUCAAGCCAGGCAGCCCCUUGAUCAAUGUGUCCUUGGAAACAAUAAAGACUCCACUUCUGGACAGCGCAAUACAGGAAACUCUGCGUAUGAGAGUAAGUUCAUUUCUGUUCAGAAGCAUAAUGGAGGAUAUGGACCUUACAAUGGCAGAUGGGAGAGAAUACAGCUUGUGGAAAGGAGACCAGCUCAUUCUUUUCCCAUUCAUUGGCCUGCACAUGGAUCCCGAAAUCUACCCUGAUCCUCAGACUUUCAAAUAUGACAGGUUCUUGAACCCAGAUGGCAUGAAAAAAGAGUUUUAUAAGAAUGGGGAAAAGUUAAAUUAUUACAGCAUGCAAUGGGGGGGGGGUGGACCUUCCAUGUGCCCCGGGCGAUUUUUUGCUGUUAGUGAAAUGAAGAUGUUUGUGAUGUUGAUGGUCACAUACUUUGAUAUGGAACUGGUUAACAAGGAAGAGAACAUACCGCCAGUAGAUGCAAGCCACUGUGGGAUUGGAAUCGCACAUCCUUCUCAUGAUAUCCAGUUUAGGUAUCGACAGAGAAUCUAAGAGGAAAGUCAUUUAUUUCAUAACUCCGUCGCUUUUAACUCACAGUUCUUUAUUCUGUUCAGUCUUAGGGAGAAAUCUAUAAAAAAACCCAUAAAUUUUCUUGAAGGUCUCUUGCAUAUGAGCAGUUACAAACGUUCAAAGGUUCAGAAGUAUGAGCAUGUUUGUUAGCCAUCAAAUCCUUUCCUUAUACUCAAAGGGCAGUUUACAGAUAUGGAAUAUCAUAAACUCUUUUUGCCAUAGAUCCUAGACAUUGCCUGGCCCCAGGCAGAGGGCAUGCCACUCGACUUGGUGACUGGAUAUUUACCAAGACAGAAACCAUAGGAGAAAAUGGGAAUGUUUUAUUGAUGGUAUAGUACCCCAAAAGAUAUCAAAAAGAUAAGAAAUUUAUAGGUAUGUUUUGAAACGGUAAGAAAGCAGAAGGUAUGUUUUAGCACAUGGUGGACAUAUAAGAAAAAUAUUUCUUUUGGAAAGAUAUACAUGCUGAGAUCCAGGUGAUUUUAAAAAUUGGUUUUGCCAUGAAAUCUACAACUACACUGUUGGGAAUUUUGCCAGAUAAUGUUAAAAGAACAUUCCAUGAAUUGUUCAGGUACAUAGUGACGGCAGCCAGAGUGAUUAUGACAACGGAAUGGAAAUUGGAGGGAUGUUCAACUAAAGAAAAUUGGAGAAAGAAAAUGGCAAAAUAUGCUGUAAUGGCAAAAUUAACAAUUUAUAUAAAUAAAGACCAAAUAAAGAUUUUUUUAAAAAA